CUCGAGACCUGGCCCAGCUGUCCCGACCGCGGUCCCAGGUCCCGGCCCCGCGCCAUGGAGCGGCGCUGGCCCCUGGGGCUUGGGCUGCUGCUGCUGCUCUGCGCCCCACUGCCCCCGGGGGCGCGCGCCAAGGAAGUCACUCUGAUGGACACGAGCACCGCAGAGGGAGAGUUGGGCUGGCUGCUGGACCCAGAGGAUGGGUGGAGCGGGGUGCAGCAGAUCCUGAAUGGGACACCCCUAUACAUGUAUCAGGACUGCCCGGUGCAAGAAAGCGGAGACACUGACCACUGGCUUCGCUCCAAUUGGAUCUACCGAGGGGAAGAGCCUUGGCGCGUGCAUGUGGAGCUGCGCUUCACAGUGCGGGACUGUAAGAGUUUCCCUGGCGGCGCCGGGCCUCUGGGCUGCAAGGAGACCUUCAACCUUCUGUAUAUGGAGAGCGACCAGGACGUGGGUGUUCAGCUCCGCCGGCUCAUGUUCCAGAAGGUGACCACGGUGGCUGCAGACCAGAGCUUCACCAUUCAAGACCUCGCCUCUGGCGCUGUGAAAAUGAACGUGGAGCGCUGCUCCCUGGGCCGCCUGACCCGCCGUGGCCUCUACCUCGCUUUCCACAACCCGGGGGCCUGUGUGGCCUUGGUGUCCGUGCGGGUGUUCUACCAGCGCUGCCCCGAGGCUGUGCACGGCUUGGCCCGAUUCCCUGACACUCUUCCCGGACCUGGCGGGUUGGUGGAAGUGACCGGGACCUGCUUGCCCCAUGCCCAGGCCAGCCCCAGCCCCUCGGGUGGUCCUCGUAUGCACUGCAGCCCGGAAGGCGAGUGGCUGGUGCCGGUGGGGCGGUGCCACUGUGAGCCUGGCUAUGAGGAAGGUGGCGAAGGAUGCCUUGCCUGCCCUAGUGGCUCUUAUCGGGCGGACAUGGACCCACCCCAUUGUCUCAAGUGCCCCCAACACAGCACCGCGGAAUCUGAAGGGGCCACCAUCUGUGCCUGUGAGAGCGGCCAUUACCGAGCCCCCGGGGAGGGCCCCCAGGCAGCGUGCACACGUCCUCCCUCAGCCCCUCAAAACCUGAGCUUCUCUGUGUCGGGGACUCAGCUCUCCCUGUAUUGGGCACCCUCCGCAGAUACGGGGGGCCGCCAGGACGUGAGAUACAAUGUGGAGUGUUCUCAGUGUCGCGGAGCAGUGCCGGACGGUGGGCCCUGCCAGCCCUGUGGAGGGAGUGUGCGCUUCUCCCCGGGGGCCAGCGGGCUCACGAAGCCUGCUGUGCGCGUCAGCGGCCUUGAACCCUAUGCCAAUUAUACCUUUAACGUGGAAGCCCAAAAUGGAGUGUCGGGGCUGGCCAGCUCCACGCACGCCAGCACCUCGCUCAGCAUCAGCAUGGGUCACGCAGAGUCACUGUCAGGUCUGUCCCUGCGGCUGGUAAAGAAGGAGCCACGGCAGCUGGAGCUGACCUGGGCAGGCUCCUGGCCCCGUAUCCCCAGUGGGAACCUGAGCUACGAGCUGCAUGUGCUGAACCAGGAUGAAGAACGGCACCAGAUGGUGCUAGAACCCAGGGUCUUGCUGACGGAACUGCAGCCAGAUACCACAUACAUCGUCAGAGUCCGAAUGUUGACCCCCCUGGGACCUGGCCCUUUCUCCCCUGACCAUGAGUUUCGGACCAGCCCGCCAGUUUCCAAGGGCCUGACUGGAGGCGAGACCGUGGCCGUCAUCUUCGGGCUGCUGCUGGGCGUGGCACUGCUGCUUGGGAUUCUCGUCUUCCGGUCCAGGAAAGGUCGGCGGCGACGGCAACAGAGGCAGCGUGAUCGUGUCACCAACAUGGACCGAGAGGACAAGCUGUGGCUGAAGCCUUAUGUGGACCUCCAGGCAUACGAGGACCCUGCCCAGGGAGCUCUGGAGUUCACCCAGGAGCUCGAUCCCACUUGGCUGAUCGUGGACACUGUCAUAGGGGAAGGAGAGUUUGGGGAAGUGUAUCGAGGGACUCUGCGAAUCCCCAGCCAGGACAGCAAGACUGUGGCCAUUAAGACCUUGAAGGACACAUCUCCAGACGGCCAGUGGUGGAACUUCCUUCGAGAGGCAACGAUCAUGGGCCAAUUCAACCACCCUCACAUUCUGCACUUGGAAGGCGUUGUCACAAAGAGAAAACCCAUCAUGAUCAUCACCGAGUUUAUGGAGAAUGGAGCCCUAGAUGCCUUCCUCAGGGAGCGGGAAGACCAGCUGGGGCCGGGGCAGCUGGUCACCAUGUUGCUGGGCAUUGCCUCUGGUAUGAACUACCUCAGUGACCACAGUUACGUCCACCGGGACCUGGCCGCCAGGAACAUCUUAGUGAGUCAGAACCUGUGCUGCAAGGUGUCUGACUUCGGCCUGACCCGCCUCCUGGACAACUUUGACGGCACCUACGAAACCCAGGGAGGAAAGAUCCCCAUCCGAUGGACAGCCCCUGAAGCCAUUGCCCACCGGAUCUUCACCACGGCCAGCGACGUGUGGAGCUUUGGGAUUGUGAUGUGGGAGGUGCUGAGCUUUGGGGACAAACCCUAUGGCGAGAUGAGCAACCAGGAGGUAAUGAAGAGCAUUGAGGAUGGGUAUCGGCUGCCCCCGCCCGUGGACUGCCCUGCCCCUCUCUAUGAACUCAUGAAGAACUGCUGGGCCUACGACUGUGCUCGUCGGCCCCCCUUCCACCAGCUGAAGGCACAUCUAGAGCAGCUGCUUGCCAAGCCGCACUCCCUGCGGACCAUUGCCAACUUCGAUCCCAAGCUGACCCUUCGCCUGCCCAGCUUGAGUGGCUCAGAUGGGAUCCCCUAUCGAAGUGUCCCUGAGUGGCUGGAGUCCAUCCGCAUGAAACGCUACAUUUUGCACUUCCGCUCCGCCGGGCUGGACACCAUGGAGUGUGUGCUGGAGCUGACGGCUGAGGACCUGGUGCAAAUGGGGAUCACGCUGCCAGGACACCAGAAGCGCAUUCUUUGCAGUAUUCAGGGAUUCAAGGACUGAGCCGUCUCUUCCCCCCGACGCUGUCCUCCUCAGGGAGCAAGGGUGGGGCCAUGGUAGCUCAGGCCCCUUCCCUCAGCCUACCAGGCCUUGGUGCUGCUCCUGCCCCCUCUUCCCUGAGGAAAUGGCCUCUGGAGGCUGGGAGCCUCUGUUUUAAAAAGGGAGGUGGGGGUGGAAGUAAACAGGUAAUUGUGGGAGGGA